AUGCCCAAUAUUCCCCCCAGGCCACACCCCGUCGCCGUCCAGAACCUUACCAUUGAUACCGGAGAGACGUUCCGGGAACAAUAUACCUACGAUGAAGAGGAAACCAUCUUGUCGUAUGAACCACCAAAGCCAAUGGGCCCGAAAGAACUCCCGGACUAUGAAGCUCCAUCCGUCCCACCUCGACCAUCUAAGGUCAGACAAUACCAACAGUUAUCAAGAUCGCAAUCACAACCCAUUGAGCUCCCUUAUCCCACCCAUAGCCCAGAGCCUGAGCUUACACCAGAUGAUCUCAUUCAUCCAGAGUCCCCUGCCCCCGACGUACGACUUCAAUAUAGAAGCACGCAAACCAGCAAUCACUCGUUAUCAACGCCCAAUAGAAUUCCUAAAUUGAACAAUAAUGGACCCUUAUUUAGGCCCACCUUGAACCAGAAGACUCUGUUACCGGUAAUCAGCAGUUCAAUUUUGGAAUCAGACUUACCAUAUCUGCCCAUAUCACCACUAGACACGCCUGACCGUUUGAAUCGAACCCACACCGUUGGUGGGGCUGACGGACCCCGAUCAACUUCUCCGGUAAGAUCCCACACCUUGAAUAUCCCCGGAAGUGGAACCUCGCCAACCAACAAUUACGCAGAUACAGUUCUUGCUGAGAGACAAUAUAAGCCAAAGUCUCCUUCGCCAAAUAAGUAUGGCAGAUCACCAUCAAUCUAUGGCUAUCAUACUUUCCCGUACCAGGAUCAUAAUGAAACCGACGAGCUGUACGAGUAUGAUGAAACUAGCUUUGUGAAUGAAUAUCAGUAUGAUUAUGAAAAUGAACAAAAACACUCAAAAUGGAACACAGUGGACACUUCGAGAAGAAUGUCAAACGGAGAUUAUAAUUUCCUUGAUAAUGAUUACUUGGAAACACCUACGGCCCACUACUUUGAUUACUCGAUUUUGCCCGACUUACCUUCAAGCAUGCCGAGCGCUUUGGAAAGCCCUAGCUCCUCUAAAAAGGACUUAAUGUACUCACCAUUUUCAGCAAAUGGACGAGAUUCUGUUUACACUUCACAAACAUCACCCACGGUUAUGCCUGCCUUACCUUCGAAGAAGAAAGAUGAUGCGUUGCCCCCAGUUCCAUUAGACUUGCCACAACUUCCAUUCACUUCGGCUUCAUUGGUGUCUCAACAUUUUGCGACGUGUAAAUCAAUAUGGUCUCUAAGCAGCAUUUUUGACUGGUGCCUCAAAUUGAAGAUAUGGCUUCAUGACUUGUUUAUUCCAAGAAGAGAAUUCAAAAAAGCAUUAAUUAAACUCUUGGUCUUCCAUAGAAGAGAAUUACCCUUGGAUCUCAUAGGUCAAAACGUCGAUCAGAUUUUGGAAUCGCUCUUGAGGGGUAAUGCGAUCAGUUAUCACCAUUUUCCAGCAGGGGAAAACGAUACUCCCGAACUGAAGGAAUCACAGGACCCUGGUGUCAUAAUGAACGAGAGUGCUGAUAUUAGUGGUGUCUUGACUGAGCUUACUCCAUGCUACUAUAAUGGAAACGAUCAUGGAAACAAGGGUAUCAGCUUGAGGUGUUACUCAUCACAAUGUUACUUGAAUAAGAUGAUUGACCAUGAAGCUCAAUUGAAGAAUAUGAAUAUUAAUGAGAUCAUCCUUGGUGAUGAUUGGGCCUCCCAUUGGAAAUUGUCAGCAAUUGAUUUGAAGAAUAUUGAUAAAAAUAUUUCUAAACGGCAAUCAUUGGUUUUUGAUCUUAUUAGAUAUGAACAGACGUUUAUUCAAAGAGCAUCAUGUUUUGUUGAGAGUGUCGGUCCCGAGUUUAUAAAAACUGCCAGAUUAUUUAUGGGUAAUGAUAUUGUCCUGUUGAAUAAAUUUGAAGAAGAUAUCAUCAAGCCAGGAAAAGAGUUGGUCAAAAUACAUCAAAAUAUUUUAUUCGAACCACUUUUGCGGAUCCUCAUAUCUGGUGGCAAAUUCAUCAACAAUGUGGGUGAAAUUGCCAACCUUUAUAAUGCAUGGUCAAUCGAAGUUAAGAAUCAGUUAUUGACAUACAUGAGUACAGUUCCGAUGAUUGAAGAUUUGUUAAACAAUGAGCAUUUAAAGCGUUGGGUUGACGUGAACGUGAGAAAUAUGCCCAGAGUAAAGGAACUUAAAGUUAAUGGGCCACUUUUGUUCAUGAGUACUUUUAAUUCUAGGUAUCAGUCAUUACCUUUACAAUUAUUUGACGUGCGAAAACUUUAUGAUGCACAAGAACCAGAAUAUAUCAGCUUGACUAAAGCGAUAGACGGGAUCAAAAGGCUAGGAAAUAAGGUCAAUGAAAUGAAAAGGCAUGCAGAUAACAUCUAUGCUCUUAAAAAAGUUCAUAAACAAUUGGUAUGGAAGAAUAGUGUCAAUCAACCACAAACUAAUUUAGGUUCAGAGAAUAGAAAGUUUUUCUUCAGAGGUGAUGUUACCAGAAAAGGUGAUUUGAAAAUUAAUAGUUCAACAAAUCAUUUAAUCUUAUUAGAUCAUUUCUUAUUCAUUACUGAACGUGUGAAGAAUCCCAGAUCUAGCAGCUAUCCAUUGAACAGAGUAAUUGACAAUCCAGUACCGGUAGAAUUAUUGUUGGUUGAAGAGAAAGACGUGGGCUCGGAAAUAAACCCACUCUCCAAAGCACUAACACUGUCCUCACAACCUACGGUCCCUCUUAGUACAACUGAAACUGUUGAGGAAGACGAACCAUCCUCAUUCCCCUUUAAGAUAAGAUAUGCUGGUAGAGGGAAGCAUGAUGCCUAUACUUUUUCGACCAAAACAGAGCGGGAAAGGGCCGAAUGGAUAACCCACUUUACUGAAGCAAGAUCUAAUAUCUGCAGAAGACUCGGGAAAACAGAGCCAUACACUGUUGAUUCAAUCUCGAACACAUGCUUUGCCUACGAAAUGAGUAACAGAAUCCAAAAGCUUCCAAUUUGUGCUCCGUUUGAUCCUAUCUAUGAAGUUUCAACCAAUGCCUUAAACAAAUUGACAGAGUUGGGCUACAGUAAUGAUCUAUACAACUUCACAAAUUCUAGGGAUCAUUUAGUAUACUCAAAAGUGUUAAGCGUGAGUCUGUUUGAAUUCAGACGAACCAAAUUUCACUUAGUUGGGCUUGCGUCUGGAUUAUACUGUUCAGACACUAAGAACAGAUGGAAAAAGGUCGUUCAUGGCACUGAUAUCACCAAGAUAAGCGUGGACAGUUCGAUAAAUCUAGUAGUGAUUCUUGGAAGCAAGCAUCUCCGUUACUAUCCAUUAGACCUGAUAGUUGGGGUAUAUUAUGAGAAGAGACGUGAGAUUACAGGAGUAUCGUUAUCCAACGAUCCAGUGUCAUUUUUUUCGAUAGGAACACACAGGAAGCUUACAAUGUUGUUCUACGCCAAGAAGAAAACGAAUUCGGGAUCAACAAAUUUCAAGGUGUUGAUACCCGAAACUGAUAAUGACGGGAUAUUCAGUGCAUUCAAAGUAGCCAAGAGGUUUUAUAUUCAAGCUGAAUGUUACGGAAUCUCCAUCUUCAAUACUUCUUUUGCAGUGCACACAAACAAGGGCUACGAAAUUUUGGAGUUGGACAAGUUGCUUCCCCGGUCGAUACCUGAAAUUCCCCAGUCGGAUAGUUCCAAGAGAAUAGACGGCUAUAGUCGGAAAUCAAUCAGCUCUGUCACUGGGGUGGAGGCCAUUCGCAAGUACGUCUCCACCAAUGUGAGGCCCAUGGGAAUGUACAAACUUGCAAACAACACCGAGUUUUUAUGUGUCUACAACAACUGUGCCAUCUUUACCAAUAAGCAUGGUAAACUCUCACGAACCUCUUUUAUUCGGUUUGAUUUCAAGGCCAAGUCGAUCUCUUUCAUUGACAACAACCUUUUCAUUGUGUGUGAGGAAGUGAUCGAGGUAUGGUCCAUCUCCGAUUUUGUCAACGGUUCGAACAAACUUAUACAGGUGAUUACGGGCAAGGACAUCACUGCCAUCGAUCCGGAGACACUCUGCUUCGCCAUGGCCAACCCCUUGGUGCAGGGCUUGCAACUAGUAUUCCGGUUAGUGGCUAAUGCCUCGUCCUCUCCAACGGGCGCCAGUCCCAUCUCAACGACUUAUGUAUGA